UGACGAUCGUGUUGGCACGCGCGGCUCAUGGGAGGCCGCCUGGCUCUGCUGAGGGAGCUAUCAUAGGCGACACGACCUCCUGAGUCAGAAGUUGCAGGCUGACUAAAUGCACAUCUUUUGCCUCAUCCACUUCGUUUGGCCAGCGCCCUCGGUGGACCGUUAAAAUUACUCAGUGUGAAGGGGGGAGGGGGAGGAACCCGUAACUUGCGUGGGCGUCCUAGGCUUACUUGGUCUGCGCGAAGUUGCUCGCAACUAAACUACCACUGUUUGUUCAUGGCGCGUGCUUGCAAUUUGUUUCGCGUCGGUUCUGAGCUCGAAUUCGGUAUACGUCUUAAUUGUCAUUUUUUCCAUCAUCGUCGUCCUUACUCUUGUACCGCUCACAUCGUUGGCCCGUGCAAACCUCACGCUACUACUGGUUUUGAUGGACCAUGCCCACACUUUUUUGGGGAACCCCACCGAUUAGAUGGCGAAAAGUCGAGGAAAGAAUCAGUGCUCAAAGUAUCUGAUCCGUGUCCCCCCCCCCCUACUUCGAUUGCCCGAGUUGCAAUACUGACACCUCCAGCUAAGGCAAAGGCUGCCCUGCUGUCUCGAGGUGAUUCGUGUCUCCGGAGACCGCGAGAGGGCCAUCAAUCCGAAGGGGCAGUGGAGCUGGCUUUUGGUGGCUGUCUAACCCUCCACCCCGGAGCAGCGGCUCCUAUCGGGGACGGAAGCAUAUAUAUCACGCGCAGCUUUAGCCCGGUUUAGACGAUUGCACAAAUAGAUGCAAGCGUGAUCAUGUGGACACAUGCAUUCCGCUCCUCUGUCUUUGCUCCCUCCGCUUCGAAAAAAUGACGUAUAGGAGACGGAAUCCUUGAGCCGCUUUCGCAGUACUACUGUUGAUUGUGAUUUUGGUCCAACUUUCCUCAUGCAAUGAGCAUUGCCGUGCAUAUGCAUGUAUUAGCUCGCGGCCAUGUAUGUAUUUUCAUUCUCCGUUGAAACAGAUAAUGCAAUUACG